AUGAUGUCAAAUUGGUUGGCACGUGAAAUCAAACAUUUUUUACCAACGUUUGAUUUUCAUGCUAUUAAAACCGUCGUGGUAGCGUUUGAUCCAUGGCGUUUAGAUUCUCGUCAGACACGUGAUUUUCUUCAUAUAAUAACCGACGAUGGUGUAGCCAAAAAUUAUCCAAAAAUGUUUGUAAAACCAACAGUAAAAUCUGAUUUGAGUGAUCCCUUAAUAACAGUUGAAUUUAUUGAUAAUACAAAAGCAGUGUUUAAAGCAAAAAAUUUAACAACAUUAGAUAUUUUAACAAAACUUAAACCACUUUGUCAAGCAAAAAAACCGGCUGACUAA